AUGGCACCAUCUGUGUCCAGGUGUAUGGGACCAUCUGUGCCCAAGUGUAUGGGAUCAUCUGCGCCCGAGUGUAUUGGACCAACUGUGCCAAGUAUAUGGACCAUCUGUAUAUAGGACCUAAUGUGCCCAAGUGUAUGGGACCAUAUGUGCGCAGGUGUAUGGGACCAUCUGAUCAAUGCAAGGUGGCUCUAUGGGGUUUUUGAGAGUCAAUACCUCCCAAGUUUGAGUAUGAACUACGUCGCCAUUAACAAGGAUUUGUAAAAAUUACCACAAGAGCUGUAUUAAAUAAAGAUGAAAAUUUGCUACGAUGAGGGUUACAAUGACAUCCUGGCCCGCAUUGAGUGAGUGAGAACACUAUGGAUAGCUACGUUAAGGGCGACUUUAAUUCAUCCCUAUAAGUCACGAAGUCUUUAGGAAUCUAAUUUAUGCUUUAUUGUUAGUAUAUUUUAAUUGUUAACCGUGCCCGGCAUGGAGGGUGGGUUCUAUUCACAAGGCCAGGAUUUUUCCUCAGUUUCUGCCGCAACGAGCAAGGUGGAUGCUCGUUGCUACUUCCUGACGUUCAGUUUUCUUUUUUGUUUCGUAGGCUAUUAUCAUUGUAAGCACAUUUGUAGUUGUUGUAUUAGUUUACUCAAUAAACGUGGGGCCUCUAGCGAGUACGCGUAGCAAAUUUUGUGUCUGUGUUGUUGACACGUACGGGUAUGGUGGUCUAAAAGGAAUUGAGACGAGUGAGCAUGUCUCCUUUGCUGCGUUUGUAAGGAAACCUUCAGCCCGCAUUACUAAUGUUCGCUAA